AUGGUGUUUAUUCUAACUCUAGAGCAAGCAUAAAUCUCAAUUAAAACUGAUAAACCCAUGUAUUAUCCGGGAGAGGUUAUUAGAGGAGUCAUUUAUUUAAAAGUAAAAACUAAAGAUAUAAAUGCUGGUACCUUGUACCUUAAGCUUUGCGGGUAAGAGAAGGUCAACUAAUUGGAUAAGCACAACCAAUUUUUCAGUUUUAAAUAGUUUAUCUUUAAAAAAUAAAAGAAAAUAACAGAUUUUGGAAAGAAAAUGCCACUUAUUGCUUGCAGGAAAUAUUUUGAAAUGGAAGUUCCAAAUUUAUCACCUAGUUUUACAAUCAACUAUUACAAGAUGGUACAAUGCAGAAUCUUAUAUUUUCUCUCAGUUACUAUUUAAAGUGAGGAUGAGAAAUAUUUAUAUAAACCUCCAAAGAAACAUAGAGUAGUGAUCCAUAUUCUUUAAAAGCCCCAGAUACAUGCUCAUUUGUCAUUGGAGCAUUCUGGGGAAUCAAAAGUAUCAAACAGAUGUUGUUUUUCUACUGGAAGCACAAAAGUUAAGGUUCAGUUAAACAAACCUUACUACACGUUUGGAGAAAAUAUUGAUAUAAUUCUAUAAGUUGACAAUAGUUAAUCAAGUUCAGCUAUUCAAAAUUUCAAAUUCUAAAUCACAUCACAGUUAGUCAUUUUGUAUAAAUAGUAAAAACGUAAAUUAUCAAAUUAUUUUGAUUUAUUUGAUUAAGAAUUAAAUUUUGCAGCUGGUGAGUAAAAAGAGGUAAAAACUAUUUUGAGUUUACCAAAUGGCAAGCCUACUAAAGCUUCAGCGAUUUUUCCUUAAAGUUCUUUGAAGACUAAAAGAAUUAUAUUUCAAUAUAUACUUACUCUCAAAGUGAUUUUUGCAAAAAGAUUAUUAUUAAGUUAGCAAGAUUUAACUGUUCCUAUUCCAUUAUAUCUAAUAUAGAACUAAAAAAGAGAAAAAGACAAUGUAUUUCAAUCAAUGGAUAACAUUAGUAUUGCUGGAUCUAUAUUUGAUACAAAUUAAAAAAUAAAUGCAAGUGUAAUAAAAAAGUUUAUUUAUGGAGAUCAUAAUUGUUCAGGUUAUGGUGAAUAAGAUGGAUACUCAGGACCUGAGAGAAAAUAUAAUCCUUUUGAAAGUUUAAAUGAGAAUGCUUUAAAAGAUGUGAAAGGAGCAUUAGAAUAAUUGAUGUUUUAAAAAUAAUAUGAAAAUGAAGAUAGUGAUGAUGAUGAUAAAUUAAUUGAAGAAAUUGAUGGAGUUAAUCUGAAUAAUGUUAGCAUUAAUGUUGAAUAAUCUGAAAAAUAAGAAAAACCCAAAACAAUAUUUUAAUUAGGCAAAAAAAAUGAUAUUUCUUUACCAAAUCACAAUAUAGAAGAAGCAAAAUUAGAUAAUGGAAUAUAGGACUAAUUAUAAACAAUUAAAGAAGAAGUAGAUAGCAAAGGAACAUAAUAUAAUCUAAAUAAUGCUCUGUCUUCAUCAUGCGUUAGAAAAAAUCAUCACGAAGAAGAGAAUGAUGAUUAAUAAAAUAAACAAUUUUAAUAGUAAUCCUAUCCAAUUGACACUUUUGGCUCAUUUUAAAAAGUAAUUAUAAAUAAGGAAGAAUGUGAUCAAAUAAAAAUAGGUUCUGAUGAAUAGGAAAACUAAAUAAAACCUAUUAACUUAAAACAAAAUAGAUCAUUAUCCAAUUCAAUUGAUUAAACUGAUUAAAAAGAAUAAAAACAAUUUAAAGUUUAAUUUAAUGAUGUCACAUCUGUUGAUACCUUGGAUGGUAAAACUGGUGAAAGAUAAAGCACCUAAUGUAGAAAAAAUGAAAACCAAUCCAAAUAAUUUUGA